UUCCGCAAUGCCGCGUAAAAACAAACUUUAGGUUAGAAUAUUGUUUAUUUGCACCUUAGUGUAGGCAUAAUUUUUUAUUUAGGCCUAAUAAUGAAUAGCGAGUUCCCUGAUAUUGAUGAUGAAUUCGAUUUAUUGCAUGAGGAUGAAUAUGAAGUUUUACGAGAAUUAGAAGCCGAUGAAACGCAAAGAACAUGCACGAACAAUGACUUUGCUCAAAAACAACAAGAAAAACCAAAUGGCAUAAGUCAACGGAAUGUCAACGCUGAGGAAACUGCAGUUGAAUCUUCGAUCGAAAAUCACAAUAAAGAAUUGCAAGCAUUAUUCACAAUAGAAAAUAAGCAAAGUCAAUUAAGUUUGCCCGUCGAAACAACUAGAAAGAGACCGAUAGAUCAGAUUUCACAAAACUUGGCGAUAGAAUCAUGUGAUAAUAUGAAUUUUGAAGAAUUUGCGCAAGAGAAGAAAAGACCUUGCUGGGAUCAGCCGGAAGAACUUAUGAAACUGAUACUUGAUAAAAGAAAAAUCAUUUACAAUAAUGGCUUGAAAGAUGAUCGUAAAGCAUCUGUUUCCGUAAAAACCCAGACAAAUUCCAUAAGUAGAAAAGUCCCUUUGACGGACUUUGUGGCUGUUACACGCAGCGAAGAUGGAGAACGCUUUUAUAUCAAAGUGUCGGAGAGGAGCUCGUACAAGCCACAAAAUUAUCGGACUACGUCGAAUCUUUUAUCUAAACCCAUUCAGCAAUUAAAAGACGAAGCCGAAGAAAUUUCAUUAAGGAAUCUUGAAAAAAAGAAUCUUGCACCUCUCGAACACGUUAAUAAUGAAAAUGUGAGUACUGAUUUAUGGGUCGAUAAGUAUCGACCCAAACGAUACAUUGAUCUAUUAUCAGAUGAGAAUGUAAACCGAUCUUUACUUUAUUGGUUGAAACUCUGGGACAAAAUUGUAUUCGACAGAGAUCCCACUGUACGUUCUAGAAAGCCACAAAUGCAAUCAAAAUUUAAAAAUAAAUUUAAAAAGAAAGUAGAAGAUGUUCCUGAUCAUGACAGUAAUGGCUUUCCAACCCAAAAGAUAGCGUUACUUACCGGCCCUCCAGGAUUAGGUAAGACUACACUUGCCCAUGUAGCCGCAAGACAUGCAGGAUACAAUAUUGUAGAAAUAAAUGCUAGCGACGAUAGAGGACCCGAAGCUUUCAGGGUAGCGUUAUUGUCAUCGACACAAAUGAAAGCAUUGAUAGACAAGGAAAAGCGGCCUAAUUGUCUUAUUUUAGAUGAAAUUGAUGGUGCUCCGACAGCUUCUAUAGAACUACUCUUAAAAUUUAUUUAUGGCAAAUUGUCUCCUAAAGGAAGACAACCACAAGCUACGAGUCAAAAAGAAAAUAACGGAUGUCGUAGACCGGUGAUUUGCAUAUGUAAUGAUCUUUACACACCAUCGUUAAGGUCUCUUAGGAACAUAGCCUUAGUUAUAAAUGUGCCAGAAGUUACUUCAUCCACUUUAGCUGCUCGAUUAUACGAAAUAGCGUAUAAAGAAGGAUUAAAUAUAGAUUUGCGAAUUUUAAUGCAAUUGGCGGAAAAAUCAGGUUGCGACAUUAGAGCUUGUCUUGGAAUAUUGCAGUACAGUGGUGGAGCGCCCAAUAUAUUGCAAAAUAUUGCAUUUGGUUUGAAAGAUACGAGGAAGGGACUUUUUGACGCGUGGAAAGAAAUAUUUCAAAUACCCAUUGAUAGGAAAGGCGCUCUCAGUGGCUCCGAAAGGACUCGGAAGAUCCUAAAGAUCCUCCAACAAAGUGAACCAGAUCGUCUCGUCCAAGGAAUAUUUCACAAUUACCCCCUUAACUGCAAAAACAAUAUCGUCGUCAUUUAUAAGUCACUGGAGUGGUUUCAAUUCUAUGACGAAGUCAACACAUUCAUAGCCAAUCGACAAAGUUGGAUGCUCACGCCUUACACGAGUUCGGCUUUCGUUGCCUGGCACCUGCACCUUGCCGGUUUUCACAGUUCGAAAAUAACGUUCCCCACCAUCCCCUUCGAGGUGAAUCAAAAAAUCGAGAGGAACGAAGCGAUCCUCUCAAUAAUGAAGAAGACCUCUAAAAUCGAUAAAUUAACGCUUGUAUCGGAAGUGUUGCCAUAUUUACCAGACUUAUUGUCUCCUCGGUUGCGUUCCGUGAACGCUCAGCUAUAUUCUGAAAAGGAAAAGCACGAGCUCGGUAGAUUGGUAAAUUUGAUGAUCGAUUUUGGACUGACGUAUACGCAGGAAAAGAAAGCCGAAGGCGGAUACGAUUAUUAUUUAGAUCCGAACAUUUGGAAUAUUGGUGCUUUUCCGGAUUGUAAGGCACGAAAACCCUUGCCUUACGCAGUCAAACAAAUAGUCAUUCAAGAAUUAGAAAAUACAAGGUUACAGAAUAUCAUGGUCAAAUGUGACGAAAUAGUUGAAAAUACUUGCAAAUCGACAUCGACAACGUUCCAGAGUAAAAAUAAUUCUAUAUUAAAAGCCAAAGCAGUAGAUGCGAAAGGAGAUAAAAAUAUUCCAAAUCAUUUGAAGCAAUUGAACCCAGUAGAACUGAAAGCGGCCGAUCAGUCGAAAUGUCGAAAUUUUUUUCUAUCUUUUCAAUUAGCUGGCCAACAGAAAUUGAAAGAGAAACAAGCAAAAGAAAAGGAACAAGGUAUCGCGAAUGAUGAAAUAGCAUCCAAUUCCAAUAGUGAAGAUAAAUUGAACAUUAAGAAGAGAAAUGAUUUGUUUAAAAGUGAUGUAUGGUUCCAGUAUAAUGAAGGUUAUAGUAAUGCCGUAAGACGUACUGUUUUAAUGGAAGAUCUCUUAUAAUUAUUUUUGUAAAGGUCAUUAUUGAAUUUCAAA